AUGCCACGCUCCGCUGCGGCUAGGAAGAACCAGAGCAAUCGGCAGGAGAAUGGCGUUGUCGGUCCCGGCAAGAAAGUAACUAAGCAAAGGUCAAGCGGCCAUCUGAACGGCACCUCGGGCAACGGCUCUGCUACCGGUCCGGGCGCGUCUGCUCACCUCGAUCUAGCUUCGGUACGGUCUACGAGCGACACGGCCGUUGUAUCUCCGACAGCUUCCGGCAAAGGAGGGGAUACCACGAAGGUAGAUGGCAAUGUGCGUGGAAUGUUGAACGGACACAGCAAGGGUGCAGAAAUGGCAUGUGCGGAGGAAGUCGACGAUGUGUCCCAGAACGGGGGCAUGGCAGGCCAUGGUUCUCGCAAUGGAAACUCGAAACGCUCCGGAUCCAAUGCCUCGAUCAAUCCGCUCCAGCUCGCAUCCACCAUUCUGAAGUCGUGCCCCAUGUAUGACACCAUCGCCAUCUUGAUUUUUCUGCUGCAACUUCCGCCGAUGGUCUUGACUCUGGUUCAGUUCUUAUUCGCCUCAUUGACUUUCAUGCCUCCGAGUGGCGCCGCAGCCGGUUCCUUAUCGUCGAACUUUGAUAUCUUUCAGGGUCCGGCUGGAACGCCAUCUCUGGGGACUAUGAUUGCGAUGGAUGGGUUCUGCAUACUGCUCUGGGGCCUCUUUAUGUGGACAUGGGCACAGAACUUCGCCAUCGAUCUCGCUCAUGUCCAGGUUGCUAUCACCUUGGGUGGCGGGGGUUCCGGGAAGAACGGCGGGGUUAACGCUCUCUGUGUCGGAAUUGUUCUGCUUCUUCAUCUUGUUCGCAGCAAAGGCAUUCAAGACUUUGUUUUGGGUCAUCUUGUCUCUGCUAAACUACUCAGUCCCGAUAUCCUCUCUCAAUAUUCGCACCUGUUACCCGCCGAGUUCCGACGCUCCGAAGCACAAACUUCCCCAAGCUGGCUUCGCAGCCUUCUUGCGGUGCACAUCCUAGCACAAGCCGGAACCGCAAUGGCACGACGUUCGAUGGCCAAGAAUCGGUCACCGACACCGUUACGGGCUGGCAAGCGGGGUGAUACCGAGGCUUCUGCGGGGUCACAAGGACAAGCAGAUUCUGCUCUAGAAUCUGCUGCUAGUGUUUCGUCUUCUUUCGUUGGGCCUGACGGUCAAUUGAAGGACGGAAAGGAUCGUUUUACAUCAGCCAAGAAACGCAGACGGCAAGCCAAUCAAGUUCGGAGCCGUCAACCGUUCUGGGCUGCUCUCGCCAGUACAAAGGUCACGGUUAUGCGAGAAUAUGAACAUUCACGAGCUACUUCCAAGACGGCUCGCAAUAUCACAAUGACAGAGGAGGAUCUGCAAGGCGUUUCUCUCGACGAUGGAUUAGUAUGGAUUACGGAUGUGGACAGCUCCUCGAUCAAAUUUGCCGCGGGUGAAUUUACCGAUGACCCCGCUAUUUCCGGCUCCUUUGAAGCCGGGCGUUUAGAGGGGGACAUGGAACCGUUCUACGUCUGCGUCAACGGUGCGCUCUGGGCCACAGCUUCGAUCUGCAGGGUUUCGGAUGCCAAAGGGCCGAGUGUGGUUCAAUGGCGUGGUGAAAUCGCUGGACUUGCUCCUAAUUGCGCGUACACCUGUGCAUUUGUGCGAAGUGAUACCGAUGAGGAAAUCUGCGCCAUGAGUGUCAAGACUCCUAUAACAACUGACACAGAGCAAGUGGUCUCCGCAGUAUCAACACCCCCGCAGCCGACUUACCGUCCAUCAUCCCCCACAACGACGCUCAAGAACUCCAUCAGCAACGCGGAGUCCAAGCUAAACGAAAAGCGCAAUCGCUUGAAGAAGACGAAGAAUGACCACAAGGCUGUCAUUUCGAAAAUUCGGAAAGAACUAGAGAACUUCAACACUCGCCUCCACAGCGGAAAUGACGAGAAUCGGCAGAAGCAACGCUCACUUCAAUUGGAACGAAACAUUCGCCAAACCGAAGAAGCCACUGCGGCGCUCGAUGUACAGCUCGACACCAUGGAAAAGGUCCCUGAGGAGGAGAUGGAAGAAUGGACAGCGCAUAAGGCGGAUUUCGAACGUGAAGUGGAGCUUUUCAAUUCGACCAAGGAAGAGGUUUCUGCUGCUCGUACAGCUGCCGCUCAGCAGGUGGCAGCACUGGAGUCGGAACUGAAUCAGGCUAUCCAGAAGCGGGAACGACUCCAGGGUCGCCGUACCCGAGUGAACGAGCAGUAUGAGCGUAUCAUCUCAGCCAAUGCCCAAGGCUUGAAUGAGAGAGAACGCCGGGCCGCAGAACAAUUUGCCAGAGAGCAGGACCAAUCGAAGAUGGAGACCAACUUCCAUGAGCAAUUUGCGAGCAUCAGCCAAUCUGUUCAGGACUUCCAGUUACGCACAAGUCAACUCUGGCAGCAGGCAACUGCAAUCGAGCAGUCCAUUCAGCAACAGCAACAGCAGAUGCUCCUCGAGUCUGGUCCUCUCACUCCCGAAGGCAAUCUACCAGGCACUAACCCUUUCCCCGAGACCAGUGGUCCGUUAUUCAACGCGUCUACGACCAUUGCGCCUACUGCUCGAUCUUUGUUGGGUCUCAGCUUUCCCCCUGCGAGAUCUAGUCCACUGCAGAUCUCGUCUUCGCCAGUUCACGAAAUGCCGUCGAAUCCAACGAGCCCUUCGCAGGACCUACCCUUCCUCCCACAGUUUCCAACGUCUCCCAUCGGUAACGUGGGCUCAUACUUUGGGUCGGAAGUCAACCACCGGGACCGUUCGUUCUCAAAUCGCUCUACUCGCAGCCAAUUUGACUCUGAGUUCCUGGACACAGCCCGUCUGCCGCCUCUCCAGCUCGACCUAGCCGAAUUACUUGGUGAAACCAAACCUCGCUCUGGGUUUGACGGAAAUGGCUUUCUGCUUCAGGGUGGUCGCCCAAUUCUGAGUCCUUUCCAGCGAGCAUGCUCGAUCUCGACUUCCUGCUCGUCUUUCGAGAAAUGGUCUUAG